AUGUGCUCUGAGUCUUCGAGUCAGCAUCGAUGUAUUCAGGAUGGACCGCGUUUUGACAACCUCGCCUUACGAUCACUUCCCGUUGACUCUGGACCUAACCGUACCAGAACCGUGAAGGGGGCCUGUUUUACCAGAGUUAAACCAACACCACUAGACUCGCCACAACUGGUCGUUGCAUCAAAAGAUGUGUUUGAACUUUUGGACCUUCCAGCCAAUCUUGUGGAUGCCACCGAAGAAUUAUCAGUGGAACGCACAGUUUUGACUGAUUAUUUGUCUGGAAAUAAGCAAUGGCCCGGGAGUGAGCCUGCUGCUCAUUGUUAUUGCGGUCACCAGUUUGGCAGCUUCGCUGGGCAGCUAGGUGAUGGGGCGGCUAUCUAUCUGGGAGAAGUGAUUAAUAAGAGAGGCGAACGCUGGGAGCUUCAGCUCAAGGGGGCUGGCUUAACACCGUUCUCCCGUAGUGCCGAUGGUCGAAAAGUCUUGCGUUCAAGUCUGCGUGAAUUUCUUUGCAGCGAAGCCAUGUAUUACCUUGGUAUUCCGACCACUCGCGCAGCAAGCGUUGUCACAUCAGACACGAUGGUUCCUCGGGAUGUGUUUUAUACGGGCAACGUAAUAAUGGAACGUGCUUCUGUUACAAGUCGAGUUGCUCCCACUUUUAUACGGUACGUUUUGUGA